AACGCAGUGUACAUGGGAUAUGAUUUAAUCAUUCAUGGUGAAUUGUGAUGAUACUUUUGACAUAAAUGUAAACAGUUAUGGUUGCAGAUUGGGUUAAGAAUUGCGAUGUGGAAAAAAUAAUCAAUGAAAUUUUACCUGCAUUGAAAAAAGAUAUUAAUGCUUUUCAAGCUGGGAAUCUUCCUUCCAAUCUUUGUAUUACAAUUCCUAAACCUUAUCGUCCUUAUGGCAAGGUUCAGGGAUUGAUUGCAGGUUUAGUAUUUGGUGGUAAUGUGCAUGAACAAAUAGAAGAACUCCGUUGCAAGCUAGAAAGAAAGAGGGCAAAAAUUAAAGAGAAGGAAAAAGAAAAAAGCAAAUUAGACAAUAAAAUUACAACAGUAGAUUACGAAGAUGAGAACUGUACUAUUUACAGUAAUGAAGAUUUAAUGAGUCGUUUGCAAGCAAAAUGGAGCUGCUCUCUUGAACAUUUGAUGACAAAAAUGCGUAAUGCUGUUGCAAAUGCCCAGGCUGAACAUAAACAUAAAUUAAAGAAAGCAUCUAAUCCUACAAAAGCCAUAGAACAACCAGAAGCUUUGCCAAUUUCUAAAUACCCAUCUGCAGAAGAUUUCAAAGAUAUAAUCAACUUUCUCAAACAUCAUAAUUUAUCCAACAAGACUUGUGAGAAUGGUACAUUGAACAGCAAUGGUCGACUUGAUUUGUGUAAACAGGGUAUUACAAAUGCUUUUUAUGAAACAUCUGAUGCAGUUGUGAAAGAUGGAGAACAAUUAUCUCAAGAUGUUCAUUUCAAAUAUGGUACAAUGAACAGCGAUGGUCGACUUGAUUUGUGUAAACAAGGUUUCACAAAUGCUUUUUAUGAAACAUCUGAUGCAGUUGUGAAAGAUGGAGAACAAUUAUCUCAAGAUGUUCAUUUCAAAUAUGGUACAAUGAACAGCGAUGGUCAACUUGAUUUUUGUAAACAAGGUUUCACAAAUGCUUUUUAUGAAACAUCUGAUGCAGUUGUUGCAGACUUAAGGGGACAGACGUCCAUCUGUAAAGUGAGUCAACACUUGGAUGAUGUGUCUAUCACUCAAAAACCUUUUGUUAAGCAUUUUUUGAUUGGAAAUAAUAGGAUUGGUGAGGAUGGAGACCAUGUUGGUGAAGGCAAGAAGAGAGUUAUUGAGUUAUCGCGCUUAAUACAACUUCGACCUGACAUUGUUACAUGGUAUUUGGCUGGAAAUUCACUGGAUCAUCUUCUCAUUAGAUAUGUUGCAGAAGCUCUACAGAAAACUGAUGCAAAAUAUAUUUGGUUAAAGAUGAAUCCUGUUAAAACUGGUUCAUACUACCUUGGUAAAAUGUUGAUGAGAACACCAAGUAUAUUACUUCUUGAUCUCUUUAAUUGUGGCUUAUGUAAUGAUGGAAUACGAGAGUUUGUUAGAGGUCUCAGUGAAGUAGGCCAGCAAAGUCCAUCUUUAGUUUGUAAUCUUCAACAUCUCUAUCUUUCAAUUAAUGCCAUCAGUUCAACAGAAUGGUUUGAACCAAUGUUGAUGUAUUUAUCUCAACUACAUUCCUUGUUUAUUGGAAUGAAUUCAUUUGGAGAUGAGGGAUUUGAAAUACUAUCAAAUGUUAUAAUAAACAAGUCAAGUUGUUGCAAAACCCUCCAGCGUCUUACAAUCGAUUCGUUGGCUCUCAGUGAUGUAUCUCUUCCUUUCGUUGCAAAUAUUGCCAAUGCUUGUUCCAAACUUGUCUGUCUUGAGCUUGGAUCUUAUAAAUCUACUAAUUAUUUUGAUCUAAUACACAAUCAGUUUGAUGUAAAGCAAGCCUCUUCUCAAUCAGCUUUGGUGGCAAUUGCUCAAUCCCUUGUCUAUAAUGCUAAAAAUAGGGCUGUUGAAAGUGGUGAUUCAGAGUUAUUUCAUCUGCAUUAUUUAGGUCUUCAACAUGCAUUGAUUGUUGAACUAAAUCCAGCCAACAGAACAUUAAAAAUGUUAGAAGUGAAGAAUAUCAUUGAUGACUUCGUUUACAACAAAUUACAUAAAGAAACUGGAGUUAAUGUGAAUGGAAUAACGAACUUGUACAUUAGCAAAGAUAGUCAAUCGUGCAAAUUUAUCAGUGAUUUAAGAGAAAAAAGAGGACACAAAAACUUAUUUAGUAUAAAAGUUGCAGGUGGUAUAUUCUAUUGUCAAGGAGUCACUCAAGAAGUUCUUCGAACCUCUAUAAGAAAUCCAUGGCCAGCUCUUGAUCAUAUCAAAUCCAUUUAUAGAAAUAUAAUGAAAUCUUGAUGAAAACAAAAAAGCUUGGUAUAUGUUUCAUCAUAAGUUUUUUGCUUGUAUUAUUUGCAUUAUGUGAUGAACUGUCCAUUGUUGUCGUUUGAAUGUAAAAAACUGAAUUGUUUUUGUAUAAUAUUUCAAAGUAAAGCUUUUACACAUUCUAUGCCUAAUAAAUAACAAUUAUUGAAAAUCAGGUGAAAUUAUAUGUGCUACUUUCUAAA